AGGGUUCUUCCUUCCCGUCGGAUUCCAUUAUUAUUUCUCCCCAAUUCCACCAGCCACCCAAAAACGCACCCUUUUCUCUCACACGCCAAAAGCCAAAGGCUCAGGCAAAUUUCCGCCAAUCAAUCAUGACGGGGAAAGCCAAGCCAAAAAAGCACACGGCCAAGGAAAUAGCGGCGAAGAUCGAUGCAGCAACCACCAACAGGGGCGGAGGGAAGGCUGGUCAGGCCGACAGGUCCGGCGUGGAAAAGGGCGGGCACGCCAAGCUCGAAUGCCCUCACUGUAAGACCACAGCUCCCGAUCUCAAGUCUAUGCAGAUUCACCACGAUGCCCGGCAUCCCAAGAUCCCUUUUGAUGAAUCUAAGCUCAAUAAUCUUCACGCUAGCAAUUCUGGUGCUGGUGCUGCUGCUGCUGAGCCUAACAAGCCUAAACCCGGCGUCCGCGGCAGCUUCAAGAAGUGAACUUUGAUCGCAUCAUCAGCAGCAGCAGCAGCUUGAUCAUCGAGGAGUCUGGUUAUGGCGGUAGUAAUACUACUACUACUGGCAGUAGUUAUGUUUGUGAUGACAUCAAUAUGAAUAAUGAUUUUAGUGUUAUGAUGAUGAUGUUUUUCCAAUCAGUUGUUGUUUUUAAUGGUGUUUCUUGUUGGUGUAGCGUUGUUGUUAUGAUGAUGAUGAUGAUGGAUAUCAAUGGUAAUCAAUAUGUGCCAUGUAAUUAUUGACGAUUAUUUUACUGCUUCCUCUAUUGUGUGUUUGCUGACU